UCCACAACAAGAGCGCGAAAGAGAACGCGAAAGAGAACGCGAACGCGAUAGAGAGCGCGAACGUGAGCGAGAGCGAAGCAGCAGCAGCAACAACAACAACAACAACAAUGAUCCACACAGCAGCAGCGAACGAAGCCUCUCGCGAUCCUCGCAAUGCGACGCAAAGCCACUGCACAGCAACAGCUGCACGCCCUCCCCCCUCGCCCACAUACCUCAAGCGUGAGCGCGAACACGAGCGCGAAAGGGGAACGGGAAAGGGAACGGGAACGCGAACGCGAAAGGGAGCGCGAAAGGAAACGCGAAAGGGAACGCGACUUGGAGGCGUCAGAGGUAACGCAGGGAGGAGGAGGAGGAGGAGGUUCACCACCGCCGCCGCCACCGCAUCACGGACAUCCGGCUCCUCCGCCGCACUUUGGCCAGCAUCCGCUGUCGAUGCUCCACCACCAGCAGCAGCAGCAGCAACAGCAACAGCAGCAGCAGCAUCCUCAUCAGCAUCCGCUGCACGGACAUCACGAACUCUCCUCGGUGGCCGCCGUCCAUCAUGCGCAUGCGUUGGCCCGCGCCUCCUCGCCCCUGGAACGUCAUCACCUGUUGCAGCAGCAUCAUCAGCACCAUAGACGCGCCUCGCUCUCGCCCUCGUUGUCGGCCGCUGGCAGCAGCGGGGGACGAGGUGCGGGGGCAGCGGCUGCCGCGAAUGCAGCGAAUAAUCUGCUGUCCUCCGCUCGGGCCAGCGAUGUGGCUCAGGCGAAUCGGUUACUUCUGCCGCUGCCGCUGAACGCGUGUCAUCGCUGCGACGUGUGCGGCAAGCUGCUGAGCACCAAGCUCACCCUGAAGCGCCACAAGGAGCAGCAGCAUCUGCAGCCGCUGAACAAUGCGGUGUGCAAUCUCUGCCACAAGGUCUUUCGCACCCUCAACUCGCUGAACAACCACAAGAGCAUCUACCAUCGCCGGCAAAAGAAUCACCACUCGUAUUUCCAUCACGGCGCCGGCGUCGGAGUCGGUGUCGGACAGGCGGGAAGUCCGGGGAGUCGGCUGCAUCAGUCCCUCAGCUCUCUGACCGCUGCGGCGGCCGUCAACAACAGCGUCUCGGGUGGCGGCGGGGGCGGCAACUCGGCGGUGGCAGCGGCCGCUGCUGCUGCGGCUGCAGCUGCGGAGUUGCUGCUGUCGCCGAUUGUCGGAGCCGCGGCGGUGGCUGGGGGGAAUGCGAGCUCAACGCUUCAGCUGGCGGCGGCGCAUCAGCAGCAUCAGCAGCAGUCGUCGCCGAACAUAGUGAAGCCCUGCAUAGACUUCUUAUAAGAUCAGCAUCAGCUAUUGCAGCAGCUGUUCCACGUUGCGCUCAACAACUCGGCGGCAGCGGCAGCGGCUGCAACGGCAGCGGGCGGCACCUCUGCUGUAGCUGGCGAUUACGGAGGUGCAGGAGUCGGAGUGGGAGUGGGAGUGGGAGGAGGGAGCGGAACUCCAACGGUCGAUCUCACGCAAAUGGAUCAGGGGAGUAGCGUUUACGGAGCUGCCGAUGGCGUCGCCGAGCUGCGAGCCUUGCACUUGCAACAGCAGCAGCAGCAGCAGCAACAUCAACAGCACUUGUCGCAUCUGACGGCGCAUCAGCAUCAGCAUCAGCACCCGCAUCCACAUUCCCAUCCGCAUCAUCAUCCCUACGAACGUAUGAAUUUACUAGACCAAUAAGCUCAAAAGUGUGCGCAGCGCUGAAAAGUAUGCUACACAACAAAUGUGACGAUCUAGACCAAUAAGCGCUAAAAAGUAUGCUACACAAAUGAGAUGAUCUCUUGGAUCUUAAGUUAAGUCGCUACACACACACACACACGCCCAAUCACACACACACACGCACGCACACUCGCGAAGGAGGAGGAAGGAGGAGAAGAAACACGUUUUGGACAAUUUGGAACCGAAGCGAAGGAAAAGUUGAACAUCGCAUCGAUCGGAUAUAUAUAUAAACACACACACAUACAUACAUAUAUUCAUACAUAUACUCGUAUGCACUUUGGAUCUCAACCUAGUGAAAACUGCAAUAGCUAUUUCGGCAAAAACUGAGAAAACAAAAACUGAAAAACGGAGAGACGGAGAGACGAACACGAAGACGAAGACGAAGAGACGGAGAGAAACUGUUUAGGCAAAUGAGAAGAAAAACUGUGAUUUUUUUUUACAAACUUGAUUAUAAAACAAAAACAAAAACAAAAAAGAAAAGAAAACUAAAAAAAAGGGAAUCUUUUAUGAGAAUGAAACACGUAGAACACAUAUACGAGUAUAUAGAGAGUAGGACACGCGGUAAUUUGUUUUUUUUUUGUUUUUUUUUUACAAAAAUCGGCAAAGCCAACUGCGGUAGCGUGUUAAAUAAGCAAAUUAUAAGGGAGAAACUGAAUCAAGGAAAGACCUGUGAAAAUUUGACCCAACCGAGCGAAGCAUAAAAGACUGUUACCCAAAAAUAAAAACGAAAAGAAAUUAACAAAAACACACAGAAACACACACAUUCAUACUCUCCCACCCAUAACACACUGAGUAUUAGCCCGAUUAAAAAACACAUUAAAACUGAACCCAAAUACCAAAUAGACAGACAAGCGACAGAUAUGCGAGAGAGUUAUCGAACUGCAAAGAUCCGAUUACAAUUUCAUCGCCAAUUUCAACCAUAUUCGCAGUCGCAUAAUAUAACCACAGAGCAAGAAGCAUUACUUGCUGGAGAUAGGAAAUAAUAACAGAUUGAUCUUUCCACAUACACAUAUUUGACAAUACUACUAGUUGAGGUGGAAACCUAUCGAUUUAGCCAUCGAUAGUCGCCGAUAAUAUCGCCCAACAUACACUUUUUUUUUUCUGAUCUGACUACAAACUUGUUAAACUGAAAUCACAAAGAGUUCUAAUGUUGAGGUGGAGAACUAUCGAUAGUGGACGCCAUCGAUAGUCAAUUUUAAGCCAUCGAUAGGAUAUCGAUAGGAGCAUCGAUUGUUCUCCAUCUCCAACUGCUAGUUGACCGCAUUCAGACAGAAAACAUAAAGCAACAUCAACUUGCAUUCAAUGUACAACAACCCAAAAUACGAUUGCUCGCAUAGUUUUUUUUUUUAGGGUAUUUUUAAAAAGAUUAAUGAUAAAAAGAGAGGAGAGAAAACUAAUAACAAUGCAAUGUGCGAGAGGAAGCGUUCAUUGAAAUGAGUAGCAGGGUCUAUAUAAUUAUACAAACAAAAAACCAAAAAGUAUAUAUGAAAAAAGAAAAAUACCACUCAUAGAGCAGUGUAAAACAUAAAGUUAAGAAUACGCGUAUGUGUGAGUCCUUUUUUUUUGAAGAAGAAGAUGAAGAUGAAGAAUAGAUGUAAUCGUAAACAAAAUAUAGAUAUGAGAUAUAUGUGUAUGUAUAUGUAAAUGUACAAUAAAAACCAAACAAUGUUAAGCUAAGCUAUCCCCAAUGCUAUGCAUACAAUGAUGUACGUGUGGAUGUACAUGUAAAAUAGAAAUACAUAUAUUCGUAUGUAGCAUAGCUUGGCGUACACAACUAUGAUGUAAUCGUAAGGCGUAAUAAGUAUAAAUCAAUUUCAAUUUCGAUCAACUGAAUUUAGUGCACAAAUACUACUUACCCCAAUACAAAAAUCAAUAUGUGUAUUAAGCAUACUCUUAAGUGAAGUGCACACAGAAAUCUGUAAAAGAAAAGAAAAUAAUAAUUUGUUAAAACUGUGUACAUAGUUAAGGAUAUUUUCGUGAAGGAUAAUUCAUCCAUACUAUCAGAUAUACAUAUACAUACAUAUGUAGAGUACAUCCUAAUGAUGGUCGUAAUUUGUAAUUCGCCAUUCGCAAAUUUUCAAACUAAUAAUAUUAAUUCGAAUAAUGAUAAUAAUAACAAUAAUUACCGACGGUGAUGCGCAUUAGCUUCAAUUAUUUUCAUAUUUUACACAUUUUUGAACCAAACGAUUCGAUUUUGUUAAAACAAAAAACAAAAAGAAAAACCAAAAAACACAAAAUAGCAAGGACAAGGACUGAUAGUAUUUAGGCACGGAAAAUUUUAAAUCUCGAAAAAACAAUACUUUUUAUUAUCUGUCUGACAGGCAAACAGAACAUGAAGGCAUUUUUACUACCUUUACCAGAACAAACAAAAAGCGAAUUGUGUUUAACAAAUUCAUUUCAUUGGACCGAGGGAAAUAUUAGAGAGGAGAAAGAGAGCAAUUCAAUUGUUUGCCCUGGGUUAUAUUAUUAGUUAAUCCAAUUCCUAAUAUAUUUACCAAUUGGCGUAUAUACGAUAUAUAUGUUUAGAAACUGAGGAUUGGAAUUUUUGUAACGAAUAAUCAAAAUUUGAACUAAGCGCAGUAUUUAAGAUUUCAUUUUGAAUUACAUUGAUUUUCAAGACUGAACUUUUGAAAAGUAUCUUAAAAGAAAUACAACAAAAAAAAAACAAACAAAAA